AAGGGAAGCACCGGAGGACAGAGACAGGAGGCAGAAAGAUGAACACAGCAAGGGCAGAGACUCGCAAGCCUGACGUGCUCCACAGCGUACAGGCCGACUCACAGGCCACAAAGUGGGAGGCGACCCGGCCGAGCCCCGAUCCCACCGCCGAACCCCGAUCCCCGCGGCUCACAGGCACUCGCAGCGGGAGCUGGUGAGCCCGUCCAAUCGGGGGGGGGCGUGGCCGACACCACCCUCCCGACCAGCCAAUCCGAUCCCGCCGUCGCGGACGCGUUUCUGUGACGUAUAAGAACGUGACGGGCGGACGGGUCUCCUACUGCUUCAUGGGCGCUUCCGGUUCCCGGGUCGUGGUGUUUGUUUUGGUUUGCAGGGUAUUUUUUUUCCUUUUCCGGUUGUUUGGGCGCGAAAAGACUGAGCCGCGCUUUCUGAGGCCGGGAAUAAACGGCGAUGGGUGGAGAAAGAGGUGAAGCGGCUGACGGAUCCAGAAAGGGAUGAAUUUUGAGCCUCACGCGCUUGUGACUAUGUGUCAUUGCAAUUGUAUUGUUUAGAUCAAAAUGCCUGGUAAAGCAAAUGCUUCUAAGAAGAAAUCUCAACAGUUAAAGAGAAAUUCAAAACAAAGAGCUGAUGAAGAAGUGGAUUUUCCAGAGAAUGAGGUUGGAAACACAGCAAAAAGAAACAAAAGUCGUGCAGGGCAUCUAUCCUCUAAAGCAACAGGACAAGCAAAGUCUAUUAACCUAAAGCGGAUAAAAGUAGCGUCCAACAAGAGAAAAACCUGGCAGCCUCUUCCAAAAAAUACUGAAGAAUAUUUGCAAAGUAUGAUGGAAUCCGUAAUUCUAGAAAUCUUAACCAAAAACAUUAAAGGGAAAGAACAAAUUCAGUAUCAUCUCAACUACUUGAAGAAAAGAUUACUGCAACAGUGUAGAACACUGAAAGUCCCUCCCAGAAAGCUGAACUAUUUAACCGAUGUGUCAAAUCUGCUGAAAAUGGAAAGGGCACAGGAAAGAGCUCAUGAAGAGGACCUGGCUUUACUGCAGGAAGAAAUAGACAAAAUAGUAGAGACCACAGAGUCAAUGACUGAAAGUAUUCAGAGCCUAAAGAACAAAAUUCAGACUCUGACAAAUGAGGUAGAGGAAGAGGAGCAGAAGAUGAAACAGGAAUUUCACCUGGAUAGUAAUAAGGUACUGUCUCUUCCAGAACUUUCUCAGAAAAGUCUUAAAGCACCCACACUUCAAGAAGAAAUUUUGGCAGUAAUUCCAAACCAGAAUGCUCUUCUGAAGGACUUGGAUGUCCUUCAUAAUUCAUCCCCAGUGAAGGACAUGUCAGCGUUCAUUCAAGAAGCCUAUAAGAAACUUGAUGGCUCUUAAGGAGUUGGUUGUGGUUUUUGUUUUUAAGCAUUGUUCCAUAUUAACUUAUUGUGUAUGAAUUGUAAAACCUUCCUUUUUAGGACAGAGUCUCACUCUGUGUGUUGCCUGGGCUGGCCCAGUGUCACCCAUACUGGCCUUGAACUCACAGCAGUCCUACCUCAGCAUGCUGAGUUCUGGGAUUACAUAUGUGAGCGGCACAUCUGGCCCAAAGGUGUACAACUUAACUGUAGUAAGACUAUAAAGCUGAUGUUUUUGCAGAACAAUUACCCCCUGUUAUCCACUUUAAAAAUAGCCUUUGUGGCCCUAUCAUUAGUAUCUAAUGUUCUAAAAACAGUUGAUAGCAGUUGCUAAACCUAGGAAAUCCAUAUAUGCUGUAUCUAUAGUUAUUUGCUAAAACCGUAUACUAUGAAUGAUUUUUGAAAUUAAAAAGGCCAUGUUGUAACAGUUUAUGAA